AUGGGCUUAUACACCAAGCUCGCUGAAGAAAUCCAGGAGGUGGAUGUGAUUAUUGCUGGAGGUGGGACAGCGGCAUGUGUCAUAGCAGGAAGGCUAGCCGAAGCCGAUCCCAGCCUGUCCAUUUUGGUCAUCGAGGGAGGCCAGAACAACUAUAACGUGCCCAGCGUCACCCACCCAGCGUUCUACCUGAAGCAUCUUUUGCCGACCAGCAAGACAGCCAUCUUCUACAAGGGCAACAAGGCGAAACAACUUGCCGAUCGUGAGGCCAUCGUUGCGUCCGGAGGGACCCUAGGCGGCGGAUCAUCCAUCAAUUUCAUGAUGUACACCCGCCCACAACGGUCCGAUUUCGACUCGUGGAAGACUCCUGGCUGGUCCACAGAGGACCUCUGGCCAUAUUUGAAGAAGCUCGAAACGUACCACGGGAAGGGCGAAAAAGAUCAUCACGGCUAUAACGGGCCCAUUCAUGUGUCUGAUGGCACAUUCCGCGCCUCUACCUCCGAAGACGACUUCAUUGAGGCUGCGUCAAAGGUCGGCUGGCCAGAGAUCACAGACCUACAGUCUUUGGAUACCAACAAUGGUGUUGACCGCUGGCUACGCUACGUCUCGACCGAUGGCAAGCGACAAGAUACAGCGCACGCUUACCUCCACCCAAAGCUUCAGGACGGCAAGCAUCCCAAUCUACAUGUCUUAGUCGAAUCCAAGGUCUUGCGUGUUCUAUUCGACGAGAACAAGCGCGCAAUUGGCGUCGAAUACACACCAAAUCCUGACUUCCAGGCUGUCACCAGCCCGACGCACCCAAAGUUCACCGUUAUGGCGAGGAGACUGGUAGUUGUAUCCUGUGGCGCUUGUGGUACGCCAUCAGUUCUGGAGAGAUCUGGUCUUGGCGACCCAGAGGUGUUAAAGCGCGCAGGGGUCCCAGUUGUGGUAGAUUUACCUGGUGUUGGUCACGAAUACCAAGACCAUAACGCGGCAAUCUUUCCCUACAAGACGAACCUUGAGCCACAUGAGACACUAGAUGAGAUUCUCAGUGGUCGCGCGGAUGUGGCUAGCCUCAUUGAGAGGAACGACAAGAUCUUGGGCUGGAAUGCCGUCGACGUCGCAGCCAAACUUCGGCCGAUGGAGGCUGAUAUCACCGCUCUUGGCCCUGAGUUCGGAGCCGCCUGGGACCGAGACUUCAAGCACAAUCUUGACAAGCCUCUGAUGCUUAUGGGACUGAUAUCAUUCUUCCUCGGUGAUCAAUCAGCUAUCCCAGCUGGGCAGUAUGCCACAGUGGUUAAUAUCACGGCGUAUCCAUACUCACGUGGAUAUAUACAUAUUACGGGGCCUGAAUUGAAUGAUCCGCUAGACUUCGAUGUCGGAUUCUUUACAGAUGCUCAUGACAUUGACCUGAAGAAGCAGAUUUGGGCAUAUAAGAAGCAGCGAGAGAUUAUGCGGCGUACAGCUAUGUAUCGUGGUGAGCUAGCGCUAGGGCACCCACGCUUCCCUGAUGGUUCUGCAGCAGCAUGCAUCGAGACGGACACCCAGCUCAGCGAUGUUCAAGAUGUCCAAUACUCAUUCGAAGAUGAUAAAGCUAUCGAGCAAUGGCUGCGCGAAAGAAUUAGCACCACAUGGCAUUCGCUCGGCACGGCAAAGAUGAGGCCUCGCGAGAACUUUGGCGUCGUAGAUGAUCAGCUGAAUGUGUACGGUACUGAUGGGCUGAAGGUUGCCGACUUGAGUAUCCCACCUACGAACAUGGGCGCCAAUACACAGAAUGCAAGCUUGGUAAUCGGCGAAAAGGCUGCGGAUAUCAUUAUUCAGGAGCUAGGGCUGAAGCAGUAG